AUGGCAGAAAAAGAUAAAAACACCUCAAAUGAAACAAUAUCACAAUACCUGAACGAACCAUACCUUCGGGAAAGAAGAUAUAAACUUAUUAAAAUACAAAAAAGAUUCAAAAAAUGGAAUUUUUACCAGAAUUCGAUUUUUAAACAAACGGUCUUUUUACUUCUUUGUUCUUUAAUUACACUUGCAUUUGGUAUUUAUCUAUACAAUUGGGGGAAAAAAGACACGUCGAUAAGCGUUGCUAAAAAUGUUGUCACAGUGGUACUUUUUGGCGGUGGAAGUAUUGGGACUCUUAUUAGAAGUUGGUUCUCUCUCUCAAGCCUUUUCCUUUAUUAUGAAGCAAUUGAUGAUGACGAAGUAGCGAAGAAAUUUGAUGAUAAAGCUAUUGAGAAUUCUAUACUCAAUGAAGAGCUUGAAAAUAUUAAAAAGGUUUUUUUCUUCUUAAAAACCAUUAAUAACAAUAUACAAUACAUGGAAACGGCUCGGACUAUAUACGCUUCUCUAAUGGCAUGUGCAAUUUUGGUCUUGACCGUCAUUUCUAUCUUUUUCCUGACUUCUAGUCCGAAUGUCUAUCUAUUUCAAUGUAUGAUUAUCACUCAAAUUAGUUUAUCUUCUUUAUGUCUAUGGACAUCCUUUUUUGUUAUGGUUGGCAUUAAAGUAUUCAUUCCUUGGGAGGAAGAAGAGGAAAAUAUGGAAAAUGAGAAUAAGUUUAGAGAAUCAAUUCCUUUAAAGGAAUAUUUUCAGGGUUCCCUUAAAUUAAAAAUUUUAAUGGUCUUUUUCUUUCCUAUUCUUUUUAAACUUGGUCUGGUGUCCAUUAAAAUGGCUCGGGAUGUGAAGUUUAUCGAUCGUCUUAAGUCCAUCGAAUUUGAAUUAAAAAGAAUUACCAUGACUCGAGAUGAGGUGGAAUCUGUCAAACGCCUUAUUUUUUGCGUUUCGAUGAAGGAUAAGGAGGUGCAACUUGAAAUUAAUGAUAACAAACUAUCAAAUACCAGUACAGCCAAUGAUAGGAAGGGACAUACCAACAAACAAUCAAAUACUGUUAAUGAUCAGAAUGACCAUACCGCGUUAACCAUAUCAGAAGAAAAACAAGCUGACCAUCGUCAAGCACAUUAG